AUUGAUUUUCCACACGUUAAAAGUUGAUGGGUAUUUUUUCAUCUUUCACUUCGCAGUUUCACUGAGGUCAAGGGCGAGUAAGCUACUUUUUCUGGGUAUCAAGAUCGAGCUUGAAGCAUGGGGAAGAGGAAGUCUAAAGCAAAGCCGCCUCCAAAGAAGCGGAUGGAUAAACUUGACACUGUUUUUAGCUGCCCAUUUUGCAGCCAUGGCACCAGUGUAGAGUGCCGCAUUGACAUGAAAAACGCGAUUGGGGAGGCAAUUUGCAAUAUUUGCCAAGAAAGCUUUAGCACAACUGUCACAGCUCUAACAGAGCCUAUCGAUAUAUAUAGCGAAUGGAUUGAUGAAUGUGAGCGAGUCAACAAUGUUGAAGAUGAUGAUGCAUGAGGGUUCCUAGUACCUUGCCCAAUCUGUCUAAUGCAGUGCAGGCUUUGUACUUUGCAGCAACCAUAAAUGUUUCGAAAACCGCCCUAUAGGCUUAAAUCCCUGUUAGUCAAUAAUUCCAGGUUUCACCAUUUCAGCACUAUGUAAUGGGAUUCCUAGUUUCUGAACUCCAAUAAAUUAGCUUGUCUUACAGGCCUUCUUUAUAUCAAGGUAUUAAGUUACUCUGUGUCAUUAGAUAAUUUUAUCAUGCCAUUUGGGUUGAA